GCCUUCUUCUCCUCCUCCUUUUUACAAUCUUCACCCUCACGUCCUCAUUGUCCCUCCCAUCCAAUAGAAGCAACCAAACACCAAGAACAAGAGAGAGAAACUAGAGAGAGAAAGUAGAGAGAUAAAAUUAAGAUAGGCUUGAGCUGAGAUUUUGAUACUGUGGUGGUGGAAAUGACCACGUUGAUGGGUACUGCAGAGAGGGACGAGCACCGUCUGAUCAACUUUGAGGCGACGGAGCUCAGACUUGGGUUGCCCGGUGGAGGCGGGAACGACGGCGAGGCGGCAAAGAAUGGUGGGAAGAGAGGGUUUUCGGAGACUGUCGAUUUGAAGCUUAAUCUUUCGUCCAAGGAUUCGGAGAUGGAGCAAAAAGAGAAGAUGAAGGAAAAGAAUGUCACUCCUCGCCCUAAUGAUCCCACAAAACCUCCAGCCAAGGCACAAGUUGUAGGUUGGCCACCCGUCCGAUCAUUCCGAAAGAACAUCUUGGCCGUCCAAAAGAACGGCAAUGGCGCCGACAAUGGUGAGAAGGCCGGUAGCAGUGUAGCAUAUGUAAAAGUUAGCAUGGAUGGUGCACCAUACCUACGUAAGGUGGACUUAAAGAUGUACAAGAGUUACCCAGAACUUUCCGAUGCCUUGGGCAAAAUGUUCAGUUCCUUCACUAUAGAUAACUGUGGCUCACAAGGAACGAAGGACUUCAUGAACGAGAGCAAAUUGAUAGAUCUUUUGACUGGUUCUGAUUAUGUGACCACUUAUGAAGACAAGGAUGGAGAUUGGAUGCUUGUUGGUGAUGUUCCAUGGGAAAUGUUUGUUGAUUCAUGCAAACGCUUGCGGAUCAUGAAAGGCUCAGAAGCAAUUGGACUUGCACCAAGAGCAGUGGAAAAGUGCAAGAACAGAAGCUAAUCAAGUCAUCCACAAGUUGUUUGUCUAUGAUCAACCAAGAAGACCAACUUGAGUUGAAUUGAGCAAGAAGUUUGGAUGUGUACCAUAUAGCGGUUUGAUAUAUAUAUAUAUAUAUUAUAUAUAUGAGAAAAAGAAAGACAUGCAAAUCUGUUAGGGACUACGAAAGAGGCAAUAAGUGUAUUGUUGAUAAACCUUGUUUUCAUGUUUCACUUGUUUACUUUGUAAUGGGGUUGUUUGGUUACACCCUCGAUGUUCUAGUGGUAUUAAACUUGUAUCUGUAGUUUUCAUCCCCUCCGUAUAUGAAUGAAUUUGACUUUUUGUUUC